AUGAAAGAGAUCAUGCCCGGCUACCUGGACUGGAAUUGGGCCGAGGUGCGAUUUGACGGUCUCGCGCCGGUGGACAAACUCACGGUGGGGAUCGAGCUGCUUGUCUGCAUUGCGCUGAUUGCCUCCCACAUAAGGAUCACAUCGCAUAUUUGGUUUCCGGCAUGUGAACGUCUCGCCAAGACAAUCAAACUGUUUCAGAAGCCGAGUCAUUGUAGCGUGCUGGCGGACGUCGACCUGGCUCUUAACCGUCGACGCGACGAUGGAAUACUAGUGAAGGCGGUCAAGAUCCCGAACGAUGGUAAUAGCGACGAUCUUGAGAACGCUAUUCCUAACGAGAAUCAAGCUUCAGACGAGCACCUAUACUACGUGCGCCCGGAAGACGGCGAUGCACCGGGCCAAGCUAACGUACAGGAAGACGGGGUCCCGGUCAACAACAGCUACUAUUCGUCUGGGAUCGAUAGCGAUAAGUCGACUAUUCCGAAAGUGUACUUCUGCGCGACGAUGUGGCACGAAUCGACAAACGAGAUUAAGCAGAUACUCAAGUCUAUACUCAGAAGUGAUCAAGACCAAAAUGCAAGACGCUGUGCGAUCAAGUACCUUGAUGUCGUUGACAAAGAUUACUAUGAGUUUGAAGUCAUUCCUGUUGCUCAAGAUGGAAGCACUGUCCUUCCCUCAGCUAUUAAGCAUCCACAGGAUGAUGAGAGCGACGAGGAAAAUAUAUCGUUAGAUGACCUGCAGAAUCCCGACUGGAUAACUGAUGACUGCAUGAAGUAUGGCGUUUACACAAACCUAGAUGAGGACGAAGUCAUAUUCUGGAAUGGUCUCAUAGAUCUCUACCUGUACCCGUUAACCCAGCGUGGGCGUGGCAGGGCUCCUACCCAGCGAUCAGUGAAAGUGAAUGCGAUGGUCAGAUCUAGGCAACGAUUUGCUGAACGAACUUAUCACAUUUUGCUGUCCCUAUUGCAGUGCAUGUACAUGUACUAUCUGCUCGGAUAUAAGCUAUACGACCUGAUGGAUGUUGAUACGUAUACGAAACAAAGGCUUGCUGACAAUACGUAUAUACUCGCUCUUGAUGGAGAUGUGGACUUCAAACCCUCAGCAAUAAUCACGUUAGUCGACUUGAUGAAAAGGAAUUAUAGUCUUGGCGCAGCGUGCGGAAGAAUUCACCCGAUCGGAUCAGGACCGAUGGUGUGGUAUCAGAAGUUCGAGUACGCGAUCGGACACUGGCUGCAGAAGUCGACCGAGCACAUGCUAGGCUGCGUGCUCUGCAGUCCGGGAUGCUUCAGCCUGUUCCGUGCCAGCGCCCUGCUGGCGCCCAAUGUCAUGAAACGAUACACAACGCGCUCCAGCGAGGCCAGGCACUACGUGCAGUAUGAUCAAGCUCAAGUGCUAACUUUAUUGCUGGGUUUAUGCAUCCUGAAAGGUGAUGAAACUUGUCUUCCUCACUUCUUGCUCUACUUCAUCUCCAUUCCAUCUAUGUACAUGCUGCUCAUUAUCUACUCUCUCUGCAAUCUGAACGAUGUUUCUUGGGGCACGCGAGAGGUGGCAGCAACAAAAUCAAAAGCAGAGAUCAAAGAAGAUCUAGCCAAAGGAAUCAUUCCUGUUGCUCAAGAUGGAAGCACUGUCCUUCGCUCAGCUAUUAAGCAGCCACAGGAUAAUGGUAAAUCUCUAAAUCCAACGAUACUAUGUGAAUUCACAAACACAAUAAUAAUUCACAAUUUAGAGUCGAGACUCUCCGUUAAUACGACUGAUAAGGAGCAGGCUACAGUAAAGGUUGACCUAAGGAAUCUGCGUAACAAAGCCGUCUUCUUCUUCUCGAUCACCAACGGUCUUCUCAUCAUACUGCUGCUCUUACUGCAGAUUAACCAACUCUAUAUUCCUUGGCCGUUCGGAACGAACUCCAGUGGCGAGCAGAUCUUCUUGGAACCUAUCGGGUUCUUCUUCCUCGUCUUCUACGUGCUAAUCUUACUGGUGCAGCUAUCUGCCAUGUUUUUACACAGAUGGACAACAAUGAGCCACAUCGUAGCCCUUACGGACUUGUGCUGGGAAUCACGAACAAAACAACUGUUUGAUGCAGAUAGUGAGAUGGACACGUACGGUGUAGGGCUUGCCAUGGAGCUGCAAAAUCUCCAAGGCGCGGACGAAGACGACGCGAAUGCAGGAUCACGGCCAGAUGACGAGAUUCCCGUAGAUGAGAAUGGACGAAGACUGAACAUCUUUAAUAUGGCAAACCGCUCGAAAAAAAGGCGGCAAACGAUAGUUAACUACGAGGAAGCAUUGGUAAAGCGACUACAGAUGAUCGGAACGGGCGAUCUUGACUUAACGGGGCCCAAGGAGAAUAAGAUUUUCCGUCGCCUGACAAUGCGACGUGAGACUCUCGUCGCGUUAAACAGACGCGUGAGUACCUGGCAAAUUCCGUCUGACAAGACACCGAAGGAGAUCAUCAGACAAUUCAGCGACGAGAAGACCAACCCCAACACAAACUACGCGGAGAUGCGACGCAAAAGCAGCGUCGCGUUCGCGUUCAAACUGCGCAAAAAGACCGACGACGACGACAACGACGACGACGACGACGACGACGACAACGACGACGACGAUGACGACUAUAACGGCGACGACGGCACUAGCGUUUUUGCCAACGAUACGAGACGUCGUAGCGACGUGGCAAGAAAGAGGAGCACAGCGUACCGAAAUCCCGCCUUCGCUGCUGUAGACGAAACAGAUGAAAGUGCCAUACUAACGAAACAUGCUGGCGAGGAGGGAUUGGGUUUCGAAACGGUGCAGCAGAACCAGCCACUACACCUCGUUGCCGACGUUCACCAUGACGUGUCGUCGCCAUCUAUGGCAGCUAAUCGCGCUGGUCGAAGAAAGAAAAGCGUACGAUUUGAAAAGAGAUUUUCAGAUGUGCGGCGAAGAAGUAGUUUCACCUAGAAGUGAAUUGGUAAUUCCUGUGGAUACUUCAUGUAUGUACGUCGCCGGUACGAGGAAUGAUAGUUGAAAAUAUAACGCCGCUAUCUUGCCGUAAUACACAGCAUAUAGAUAUAAGUGGCACUAAAAUCAUGAUCAUUAUUCAAGUCACCAAGAUCUCGAAGUAAACACGAAAAUAAUGUGUCCUCGACUUGCGUUUCGCACUUUCUAUCAGGCACAAUUGUUUCCCCGCUUUUUUCCUCUAGAUGCAUUUACUGCCGGCACAAUUAGUUUGUUGGAUAUGAGUCAAGCGUAUCUCUAUAUAACAUUAGCAGCUUGAAAGUUCAUUCUUACAUCUAUAUGAUUUAGCUUGUAUAAACGUGACUAAAAUACAUGCCUCUAAAUGGUAUUAACUAUGGUGAUGAAUUAUCGGUAACAUUUCAGAUAAAGCCUGAAUUUACGAUUGCGUUGCAUGUUU